UCACAUGACCUCAACAUGGCGGAUUAAGAAGGAAACUUCUGACCAACUACAAUUUCGUCGAUUUAUUUUUGUAGUGGACCUUCACGAAGAAGGAACGAUGAUUUAUCUUUUGUACCUUUCUAUUGGUGCGGCAACAUUAUGUUUCGCAAUUCUUGGAUUUCUGAAGUACAUUUCCAUCAGCAAGAUGAGGAUAGACAGCAGAGAUCAAAGAAAAAAGGCUCACAUGUCUACCUUGGAAGUGCUGUCAUUCCUACGAAACAACAAGCCAUUUCCAAUCAGUGUCCACACAGGCUGGAAGCUGUACUCCCUGAUGAAUGGCUUUCGGAUCUGGAUACAGGAGACGUCUCCAGAUAACCAGAGUGCCAGCUUCCACAUGUUUGCCAGCUUCAGAAAAGUCAGGGUGUCUUCUCAGAUGGUUCUUCAAAUUUUGAAAGACAUUUCAAAAUCGUCCAGUUGGAAACCAGGCUGCCUUGCCACGAGCAUAACAUCGAAACCUUCAGAGGAUGACCUGGUUGCAAGGUCACGGGGCAUGAUGGGUAAUCUUCCUGUGCAACAUGAUGUUGUGGUGGAAGAAACGAUACCCGAAAAAUCUGGGAUAUUAAGCAGCCUGUUUUGUGCGGGAGGAGAGUUACAGACUGUUAAAAAAGAACACACGAGGUACUGGCAUAAAGAGGACAAUGGGGUGUGCUGGCACCUGCAGAUGUGCGAACGGGAGCAAGAGUGGCUCUUCUUUCUAGCUCAGCCUGUCCAAGAUGUUGAAGAGUGCCUUCUGUCAGUGGUUGGUUACCGUGACAACUAUUCCCACACUGGUACUGCCAGGUAUAUCAGUGAGAUUCUUGGUUCAUUCUCGGACUUUGUCCGCUACCGAAAAUGUGUUUCCACAAAUUUGAUCAACAUAAAAAUGCCAGUAGCAAAUGCUUCCAGCCAUCCACACUCAUAUAGUUCCUCUGAGGAAAUGAGUCCAGGGAAAAGAAUGUUUAAACGCUUUGAGUCUUUCGUCAAACGACCCAUCAGUGGUGAAAAGUUGCACUCCGUCAAGCAGCAGUUGAUUCGAUCAACAUGGAUUCUGCGUCACAAGAGUCCGUCCUUCAUGAGCGCUCUGUCGGCAAAACAGUCUGAGACAUCCAAGGCCUUGAAAACAUGUUCAUUAGAUAGGAAAGACAUGCCAAAUUUGAAACAGAUCAGGUCUUCCGGUGCUAAUAAUACAGUUGAUGAAACAUUUCCAGUUACUCAUGAUGUUCAUACUCAAAAUGGCAUCAAAAAUGCUACAAAUGAAGAUGUCAAUAAAAAUGAAAUGAAGAGUGAGAUUGAUGAAAACGAAAGUUCUGUGUCCAGUAACGAGGACAAUGAAAAUGUUAAUAGGGAUGUAGAGAUUUCAAGAACUAAAGAAAAGGUCAAGGACAUUGAUCAUACGCUGGAUGCAGACGUCAAUGACCAUGAGCAGUUUGAACAAACGUCAACUGAGUCACAAAUGUCCGGCACAAAAGAAAACAUCAACAGCAUGGUGUGUGCCAACCAGACAGCUGCAGAGCUGAUAGCAGUGGCUUUGCAAGCUUCAAACAUAGAUCUGAGUGCCUCUCUACAAGAACAAGUGAUGAACUCUGGAGGUUGGAUGUUUUGUGGUCUGGAAAAUGAUGUGGUCAUCCUGAAGAAAGUCAGCAUCAAAGACAACACCCAUUGUUAUCUUGGAAAAGGUGCCAUCCAGGCUUCUCCCAUCACAGUUUGGAAUGCCAUACGAAAUCCUCGCACCAAAUUCACAUAUGAUGAAAGUCUUAAGAAGGUGGAUGUCAUAGAAAAAAUGGCAGAUUCAAUCAAAUUAGUUUACUAUUACCACGAGGUGCUCCAACUGUUCAAGACAGAAUGCUACGACAUGGUGGUUACCCAGAGUGAGAGAGUGGACAGGGGAGACAAGUAUGUGCUCUCCAUGCAGUCAUCAGACAAGGGCAGAGUGGUCUCCCCUGCACACACCACCCGAGUCAAGGUGCUCCCGAGUGGCUGGAUUGUGGAACCUCUGCCCAAGGAUAAAAAGAUAUUCUCCAUGGUUACAUACAUCAUGCAGAUUGAGCAAGGGGAUGGGGAUACAAAUUUAGAUAAAAACUCUUUUGAAGAUUUCAUUGCCAAACAGCCGCUAAGCAUUGCCUACCUACGCCAGUACCUGAAGGGGUGUGUCUACCAGAAGUAGGACAUUGUGGACACCUGAAGGGGGUGUGUCUACCAGAAGUAGGACAUUGUGGACACCCCUUGGCCUAUGUUUACAAUGCUUCAUGGGGAAAACUUAAAUAAUUUUAUUAAAAUAAAGAAUUCUGUUAGUAUGGGCACAUUAAUAUCCAUAAUAGUUACUGUUUACAUCCACUGGUUUUUAUUUGGUUAAUGAAGAAUGUUUCCCCAGUCACUGAAACAACUUUUUCUUUUGGUACAUAAUAAAUAAAGCAAUUGGUUUCAAAUCCCCAAGGUCUUACAUUCGAGGUGAAAGAUAUAAUGUUCACUAUAGUAGCCUCCAAAGAUGCAUAAGCCUUGAACUGUCGGAACAAUAAAAAAUAUCUAGCCAGACAGCUUAUCAGCUUUUUUCCAUUUAUUCUGAUCAUUCUGGCUUUGGUAUUAAAGGGACUUUAUGUACUGCCUAUCAAAAUA